CUUUCUGUUGACGUCGCUGUCACGGAAAUGUCAUGGAGAAAUUUUACUGUGUGAAUUUUCUUGUGGAAAAAAUGUGAUUUUUAGCCAGGAAAUUGUGUGAAAAAUGAGUGCAAAAAUCAAUGCAGAGAUUGAGGAAUGUGUCCGCAAUAAUAUUUCAUGGGGAAAUCUGCCGGUACAUCUCAAACAAAUACUGAGAAACACGCCGAAGGACUAUGAUCGGUAUGUCUUCAACUACAGCCUCAAGAAUCAAUUGAGAUACCGCGGGAAUUUGGUUCGUCGGGUUUUUCGCAAUGAACAGCGAUACUAUGAGCUACUGGUGGAGAAGAGUGUCAGCUACCUCUGCCUCUUCCCCUAUCACUUGGCUGAUAUCGUAACAAAGGGAUUGAGAGUAACACCUUUCAACUACUACCUGGACGUCCUGAGUUUCCUCCUGAGAAAUGACAAGAGUUACGAUACUCUGCCCAAUUUCACAGCUGUCGACUGUCUCCGGGUGCUGGGAAUCGGCAGAAAUGAGUAUUUAGCUUUAAUCAGUGAGAUGAAAACCAACUCAUCAAAGCUAUUCCGGAAGCCAAAUCCACUGCACUUCCUCCCUAAAUUUCCCAUUCGAAUCAACAUUGAGCCAGCCUGGAAGAUUGAAGUGGGAUAUGUGCUGGAAACUGACAUUCGGUUUGUGAAUGAUGCCGAAAGGAGCCUCAUUGAUGACUUGAUAGACUUCGGGUCACGCACGGUGGGUCAGGUGGACUACCAUGUGGUGCAUAGUUUGUACAGGAAGGGUCUGGUGUAUUUGGAUGUGCCAAUAAGUGGCGAGGAUAAAAUCUGCAUUCCGCCACUAAAGAAUUUUGUGAUGAACCGCGUCUGUGGGGAUUAUUUUGAGAAUCUGCUGUACAAGGUUUUUGUCAGUACGGACGAACAUAUGACAAUCUCUGAAUUAGCCCAGAUGCUUCAGGUCAAUUUGGACACGGUGAAGCAUGCUGUGUCUCUGCUCUGUCGUUUGGGUUUUGCCCGGAAGAAGAAUGAAAUUGAAGUGGCUAAUUUGCAUGGAAGUUGGGAGAAUGUUGAGAGAAUUGAAGAGGAGAGGCCACAGAUAACUCCUCUGAAUUAUCAUUCGUUGCUGAUGAAUGAGACGGAUGAUGGGUUGGUGGAUGCCAAAGGGAAGGUAUCGGAGAGUCCGACGGGGAAGGAAGAGGGAUUGGAUAUGGAGGAGAUGGUUAAUUUGUCGGCAACUGAGUGCAAUUCAUCGGAUGGAACUAGUGAUUUUUCUAUCAUUAAUAAUUCUUCGUCGUCGUCCACGGAGUGUAAGACUCCGUCGUCGGCGAAGAAGAAAAAUGAGGUGAAUGCCGUGGAAGAUGCUCAGGAUAGUCGGAGUUUGAUCAAGCCACUUGAUCCGAAUUUCAAGGGAGGAAAGCGAAUAGGGUUUCUCUUUGAUUCCACUCUAGCGGCCUUCCUGAUGAUGGGAAAUCUCUCGCCAGGACUGAAGAAUCAUGCAGUGACGAUGUUUGAGGUGGGAAAGCUCUGUGAUGAGAGCAUGGAUACGUUUCUGGCGGAGUUGGAGAAGGUAUCACUUUUGGAUGCUGAGGGAGAGGGUGAGGUUGGUCGGUACUUUGCUCAUGCUGUCAUUCUAAGGUCCACAAUCAUUGCGUUGCGCAAUAAUUUGGCAUGUGGCCUGGAUCUGUUGAGGCUGGAAUGCCUGGAGAGUCUGGAUUACAAGACACGGGAUCGUUUGCUGGAGAAAAAAUACAAAUUCAUCUGUUCAGCAGCUCCGCUCACCAGUAGUUUCACCCAUCUUCUCUCCAUUCCCUUUUUUGGUCAAUUCCACAAGAGCUGCGAUACUUCCCAUCUUUGGCUUCGUAUGUUCUACUACCACAUAUCGGGUUUUGGUCCGCCAAGCCUCCUUCUGACCCGGGGCACUAAGCUCAAGAGCCUUCCGAGAAUAUUUUUGGGCUACGGAAAACUCCUGGUGACGAUUGUUCACACAGAUUCCUACAUCCUCAACACGGAUAACUUCAUUGCACUCAAUGAGCAACUGAAGAAUGGUAGUGUCCUUGUGCAGGGUUAUGGAAUUCGUCAACCCGCCGAGAUUCGCUAUGAAUCCUUCCCAUUCCACAGAAAUGACGUAAAUCGCCAGAAAUGGGCCAGGCACCGGGCUGUAGAGAAACUUUCCGAACAUCUAAAUCUGUCCAGCACCUGUGGCUACAUCACAUUCCUCAAUACUGGCGUCCCUGAUCUCGGUUGUGAGUCAAAUUACGAUGUCAAUGUGCAUCUCAAGAGGCCAGAAAGGCGAAAAGGACGUCGAAAUUCUGGACCAUCUGUCACUCCAUCCAUGGAGGAUUCCACAAUAUCCAAGGAUGCAUCCUUCGGAGAGGGAAUUCCUCUGACCCCAACGGCUCCACCCAAUGAACUCCUAACGCCCAUGGAUGGCUCAGAGAUCACCAUUCACAAGUCCAAGAGCAAUGAAUUGGCAAAACUGAAGUCGCCGGAUGAGGAGCAUUUUGCAGUGACGCCCAAGAGUACAUCCCCAUCGAAUGUCUUCCGCAGCGAGGAUUGCAAUGAGCUGCUGGAGACGGAACUGGCAGAACUGGCACAGUGUGAGGGAAGGUAUGGAGGAGGGAAGGAGCUGGUGUCGCAGAAUUCCAUCGAGAUUGCAAUUGUGGAUGGUCCAGAGGGAGAGGAAAGUGGAGGGAAAGCAGAAGAUUCCGGAGAAGAUUGGACGCUCCUCGAUGUCAACUUUGGAGUUCCGCUGUUCGAUGUGGACUGCAAUACCAGGAUUUGCGAGAGUCUGGUGAAGCACUUGGUGUCAGAAGACAAUCUGCAGGUCCUUCAGGAGUCCAAUAGUGAGAUGAACAGGAAAUUUUUGCAAUUUGUAUCUCAGUGUCUGUAUUUCGAGGAUGAGAAUAUUGGAGUAGUGAAAAUAGGACGUUUAAUCCCUCAACCAAGGAUAAAUUUAGCCUUUGAGAAUGGAAAAGUCGGAUACUGGAAUGGAAAGUGAAGGAAAGCGCCAAAAGAGUAGAGAAACGAAAUGUGAAAAUAAAGGAAAAGAAUUUAAUAUAUUUGAAGAAAUAUAA